AUGUCCAGUCUUUUCCUGAUUGAACCUACUUGUUUUGUUAUAGGGCCACCUGCGCUGUCGUCCUAUGCCAAGACAGAGGACAGACUUUUUAAAAAACUCUUCAGCAACUACCAGAAAUGGGUAAGACCAGUGGAGGAUCUGAACGGAACGGUACAGGUUAAAUUUGGGCUGGCUAUCUCCCAGUUGGUGGAUGUGGAUGAGAAGAACCAGCUGAUGACCACCAAUGUGUGGAUUAAGCAGGAGUGGACAGACAUGAAGCUUAGGUGGAAUCCGGACCAUUACCUAGGCAUCAAAUCCAUCAGAAUUCCCUCAGACUCCAUUUGGAUUCCUGACAUUGUGCUUUAUGACAAUGCAGAUGGUAAUUUUGAGGCCACUGUGACAAAAGCAGUUGUGCGUUAUGAUGGAAGAAUCUCCUGGACUCCUCCAGCCAACUACAAAUCAGCCUGCACGAUAGAUGUGACCUUCUUUCCCUUUGAUCUUCAGAACUGCUCCAUGAAGUUUGGGUCCUGGACUUAUGAUGGUUCACAGGUGGACAUUCUUCUUGAGGAUGUGCACGUUGACAAACGGGACUAUUUCGACAAUGGCGAGUGGGAAAUUGUGAAGGCCACCGGCAGCCGACGCUUGAGAACCGAUGGGACAUUUUUCUACCCAUCCAUUACCUACUCCUUUAUCAUCCGACGACUUCCUCUCUUCUACACACUCUUCCUUAUUAUUCCCUGCAUUGGCCUGUCUUUCUUGACAGUGUUGGUGUUUUAUCUUCCAUCCAACGGAGGAGAGAAAAUCUCCCUCUGUACAUCUGUCCUUGUCUCACUUACUGUCUUCUUGCUGGUGAUAGAGGAAAUCAUCCCUUCUUCCUCAAAGGUGAUUCCUCUCAUUGGAGAGUAUUUGGUCUUUACCAUGAUUUUUGUGACACUUUCUAUAGUCAUUACUGUCUUUGCUAUCAACAUCCACCAUCGUUCCUCAUCUACUCAUCACAACAUGGCACCCUGGGUCCGCUGGAUCUUUUUGCACCACCUGCCUAAACUUCUCUGCAUGCGCAGCCAUGUGGACCGUUAUGCCAGUGCUGUGGGGAGCCUAAGAGCAGAAAGCACUGGAAGAGAAGGACUGGGUUAUGGAAAGGGUUUGGGCCAUGAAACAACCACUCUUCUUAAUGCAGAACACAGUUUGCGGGCAGCCCUGGAAUCUAUACGUUACAUUACUCUUCAUGUUGUGAAGGAAAAUGAAGUCAGAGAGGUUGUGCAAGACUGGAAGUUUGUGGCCCAAGUUCUGGACCGUGUUUUCCUGUGGGCAUUCCUCCUGGUUUCUGUGCUUGGUUCUGCUCUGCUUUUCAUUCCAGUUAUCUAUAAAUGGGCCAACAUUAUUGUCCCCAACUAUGUUGGAAGUACUAGUUAA